UGCACGAAUCUCUUUCUCUCUCUAUAUAUGGAAACUUUUAUUUGGGGAUCCAACAAUCUAGCUAAAAUAUACUUCAAAACAUUGAACAACAGAAUCGAUGGAGGCAACAAGGUUAUUCAACAAUGUAGGGUUGCUACCCAUUGCCACCUCACCAACUCCAGCUACUCUUUUUUCUUCAUUCAGCCAAGGACAGCCAUCACUAGUUGUAUCAAAAGCCUGUCUCUCUACAGGCGGCAUGAAAUUAGCUGAACCAAAUCCCAUUAUCCGACGUUCAGGAAAUUACAAACCUACUAUGUGGGAUUUUGAAUAUAUUCAGUCCGUUAACAAUGAUUACACGGGAGAGAAGUAUAUGAAGCGUUUUAACGAGCUGAAGAAGGAAAUGAAGAACAUGAUGGUUGAGGGAUCACAAGAAUUAGAAAAGUUGGAGCUGAUUGAUAAUUUACAGAGGCUUGGUAUGAGUUACCACUUCAAGAAUGAAAUCAUGCAAAUUUUGAGGAGAAUUCACCGAAGCGCAGCCACAGGAGAUUCAUUAUACGACACCGCUCUGAAAUUUAGACUCUUGAGGCAACAUGGUUUUGAUAUCUCCCAAGAUAUAUUCAAUGAUUUCAAGGAUGAGAAUGACAAUUUGAAGCAGAGUAUCUGUAACGAUACAAAAGGUUUAUUACAAUUAUACGAAGCUUCGUAUCUCUCUACAGACAAUGAAACCACUUUGAAAAAUGCCACAAAAUUCAUAGUGGCACAUCUAAAGAAUUAUGCUGAUAAUCAGUAUUGUGCUACUGAUGACAAUAAUCUAAUGGUCGAAUUAGUCCUCCAUGCCUUGGAACUUCCAAGACAUUGGAUGAUGCCAAGAUUAGAGACAGGGUGGUAUAUUAGUAUUUAUGAGAGAAUGUCUGAUGCUAAUCCUCUUUUGCUCGAGCUUGCUAAAUUGGACUUCAACAUUGUUCAAGCCACACACCAAGAAGAUUUGAGAAUUCUGUCAAGGUGGUGGAAGAAUACAUGUCUUGCAGAAAAGCUGCCAUUUUCAAGGGAUAGACUGGUGGAGAAUUUGUUUUGGGCAGUGGGGACAACGUUUGAGCCUCAACACAGCUUCUAUAGGAGAAUGAUAUCAAAGGUCAUUGUUUUUAUUGCAAUCAUAGAUGAUAUUUAUGAUGUUUAUGGCACUCUUGACGAGUUGGAAGUAUUCACUGAUGCCAUUGAAAGAUGGGAUACAAAAGUAAUGGAGGAACUUCCAGAGUAUAUGAAAGUAUGUUAUCUGGCACUUUUCAAUAUUAUCAAUGAAGUUGCAUAUGAGGUUCUCAAGGAGCAUGGGAUCAACGUCCUGCCCUACCUUGCAAAAUCAUGGGCAGAUUUGUGCAAAUCAUACUUACGAGAAGCAAGAUGGUACUACAAUGGCUACAAACCAACUCUAAAAGAAUACAUGGAUAAUGCAUGGAUCUCAAUUGCAGUUCCUAUGGUAUUAGUCCACGCAUUGUUUCUUGUCAGCGAUUCAAUUACCAAAGAGGCAGUGGAAUCCUUAAACAAUUAUCCUGACAUAAUUCGAUGGUCUGCUACAAUUUUUCGUUUCGCUGAUGAUUUGGGGACAUCGUCGGAUGAAUUGAAAAGAGGUGAUGUUCCCAAGUCAAUUCAGUGUUACAUGAACGAAAAGGGUGCUUUUGAAGAUGAGGCAAGAGAACACAUAAGAAUUUUGAUAAAGGGGACAUGGGAAUUGAUGAACACAACUCAGAAGGAAAAUUCCCUAUUCUCCGAAACAUUUGUUGGAAUUGCAAAGAAUAUUGCAAGAACAGCGCAAUGCAUGUAUUUGAAUGGAGAUGGCCAUGGAAUUCAAAAUACUGACGUUAAAAGUAGCAUCUCCAAAAUACUUUUUGAUCCCAUCAGUAUUCCUAAUGUUUCAUUGAUUCCCAAGUAAUUUUAUCCCUAAGAUUAGCUCCGUGUGUCGUUACUUUAGUUUUACGUGUACCCCGCAAAGAAUUCCUACGAUGAACUCGAGUUAAUAUAUGUAUAAUAAUAACUGGGUUACAAUCAAAUAUUUAUAAAUA